ACAGGAUCAAAGCUAAAGGGUAAGGUAGUUACGUAGCUUCCAAAAAAACAAUGUGCACCUUAGAAAAACGAGGCAACAUUUUCAUCCUUACACUCACCGGCGACGACCAGCACCGCCUCAACCCUACCCUCCUCUCCGCCAUCCAAUCCGCCCUCAGCCGAAUCCGCCAAGAGGUCACCACUUCAGCCGGCUCCGCCACCUCCUCCGCCCUCAUCACCACCGCCCACGGCAAAUUCUUUUCCAAUGGCUACGAUCUAGAUUGGGCUCGUAUCCCGGCCCAAGCCCAGGCCCAAAGAGACCGAAUGAUACUCGUUGACACCAUGCUCCGAUCCGUUGUAAAAGACCUUCUCACGCUCCCGAUGCCGACGAUCGCCGCUGUCACCGGCCACGCCUCCGCCGCGGGAUUUACCUUCGCGCUCAGCCACGAUUACGUUCUUAUGCGAAGCGACAGAGGAUUUCUCUACAUGAGCGAGCUCGACAUAAACCUCGUGAUUCCACGGUGGUUCGUGGCGAUUGUGAAUGCUAAGGUAGGGUCGCCGGCGGCGAGGAGGGAGGUGGUUAUGAAGGCGGCAAAGCUGACGGCUAAGGAUGCGGUGAGGUUGGGAGUUGUGGAAUCAGCUCACGGCAGCGCCGCCGAGACGUUGGAGGCGGCGGUGGAGCUGGGGCAGGGGUUAGUGAAGAGAGGAUGGGAUGGACACGUGUACGCUUCUAAUAGGAAGAACUUUCUAAGUGAUCUGAUACGGUGCGUUGAAGACACGAGUGAAAACAACGACAUAAAAACUGGGUCGCGGCUCUAGAAGUUUGUUAUUAGGCUUAGUUUUGGGCCAAUAAAUUUUUUUGGGCUUGAAUAGCCCAUUGGUUGUGUAAUAGUUGGGCUUGUUUGUAAACUAUAGCUAUUUAGGUUUACUUGGAAGUCCAUUAUAUUCGGUCUGUAAGCGUAAAUGUUUGUGUAGAAUUGUGAAUGCAAGUGUUCACGUUAUGUUAAA